AUGAGCCCCGAGCAGACGAACAGCCCCGAAGUCUGCCACAAGAGCGCCUCCACGCACACGUCCCCGUUGAGCAUACACCCGCCCUCAUGCCCGCACUCCAGCCCGGGCUACACGGCCAGUAGCUCGAAGGAAAGCCUGCCGAACUCCUUUGUCAGUGCGCAGCAGACGCUGGCGUCUGCCGAGCUGGACAGCCACGCGCACAGCCGCAACGUGGCUGCCUUGCUGUCUGUAUCGAGCGAGCCAGAGGCGCCACAGAAGACAGAGCGCAAAACACCAGCCAGAUCGGUGGAGACAACCCCCUCAAUCCCCGAAUCGCCCCUGGGACUGAGAAAACAGGACUCAGAAACGUUCUCCGAGAGGUCAAUACCCAGUCAUCUGAGCUUCACCCCCAAAGCCGAGGUCUUCACGCAGAAUCACAUCAUAUCGCCCGUGUUGCAUCUUUCCAAUGUCACGGAUUCGCACGAAUUUCUGCAGCACACGCUGGGACCCUCGGCGGUGUCGCUGGUGUCCACAGGGAAAGUGCUGGAACUUUACGGGCGCAACGCAAAGAGGAUACGAGACCCAGAGGUCCAGUUCUCGUAUGCCCAAAUUCUGGUGCGCAACGGUCUCACGGCAAAGACCGACGAGGCCGCGGAUAAGAAAAAAAGGAAGGAGUAUUUGCUGGAGGCCCACGAUUUAUUGAAAAGAAGCUCGCGUGGGGGGUGCGUCGACGCACAGUACUUCCUGGGAGACUCUUAUGCAGUGGGCAUGUUUGGCAAGUCCGACGACUCAAAAGCGCUCAGCUACUUCGAAGCGGCCGGAAAGGCCCGACAUGCAGAAGGAGCAUACAGGACCGCCGUGUGCUACCGUAAGGGUUGGGGCUGUUCCCCAGAUUCCCGCAAGGUGGUGAAGUUUCUCGAGAUCGCCGCACUGAACAAUCACCCAGUCGCCAUGAUGGAGUACGGAAUCUACUGUUUCAAGGGCCUCAUGGGGCUUCCAGACGACAUAAUCACAAAGCGACAGGGCAUCAGCUGGCUGAAACGAGCUACUGAAGCGGCCUCCGAGCUGUCCUGCGCUGCGCCGUAUGAGCUGGGUAUGAUUUUCCUCAAGGGCUUCAGAGACAUUGUAAUCCAGGACACAAAGUAUGCCAUCAAGCUGUUUUUCCAUGCGGCGUCCCUAGGUCAUGCGAAGUCUGCCUCUCUGCUUGGCAAGCUUUACGAGGUGGGCAAGCUCGUGGAGCCGAACGCAGACCUAUCGAUACACUUUUACAACAUGGCGGCGAGCAGUGGGGACGUGGAGGGCAUGAUGGGGUUAUGUUCGUGGUAUUUUGUCGGUAGCGACAAUUUGAAGCAGGACUACGAUGAGGCAUUUGCAUGGGGUCUGCGUGCAGCCGGGUGUGGAAUGGUGAAGGCGAUGCUUUUGUUGCAGCGGUUUUAUGAGCUGGGAAUUGGAUGCGAAAAAGACCUGGCGAAGGCGAAGCAUUGGGGGGACCUUGCGAGCCGUAGCGCUGGCGUGAGCAGCGAACGCAAAAGAAGAACAUGGGAACAAAAAGAUUGA